UUGAAGUUUCUACAUCCUGUACUUAAGGGAGUAUGAGAAAACUCAACCAACGUUUCCUUUCCCUUGUGUAUAAGAUAAGAAUGUUGAACCUUCUCUAUUGGUCUUGGCUGUGCAGUUUUAUCGUAUAUCAAGCUGGGGAAUACUUGAAAAUACACAAUUGGGAUGAUAAAAGAUAAGCCUUACCCUUUUAUGUAAAAGAUUGAGAGGUCGCCCGAAGAAAUCGUCCAGGCAACAAUUCCCAUAACAGUUCACCGCCGCUUGCUCUGUCGUCACAAUGUACGUUAAGCGGAAUUGAUGAGUGUCUUUGCUCGUCAUUUUGACUCUUCUUAUCUCUCAGUUGAUCGUUUUAUGAUAUGACAAUUGAUCGGCGUUUUGUAGUUCAAAGCCUGCAAUCGUUUUAAGCCAUAUGUCAGCAGAAUGAUGAUUAGGGACGCAGAAGAGAUGACAAAUAGUUCAAAGGUUGCAGCUAUUCAGAUAGAAACGAGGGUACAACUUUGAACUAAAACGUAUACGUAUCACGUAGAAGUAACAAAUAAAGAAAAGGCUCACAGCAAUCAAACGUAGUAUAGAUCUACUUUUUUUUUGCAAAUCUGUCGCUUCCUUUCCACUGAACAAAAAAUUAUCUGAACAUUUCAUUUUCAUCGUAUCAUUUAAUUUCGAUUUUCAACGUUAUGCUGUUUUUCUACCUAUAUCCAACAGAACACAGAAUUGCUAUGACAUAUUACGCUGACAUACUUUUAAAACACUUGCGUAAUCGAACUAUCAAAAAUAAGUUUGUAUCAUGGCCCAUGUGGGAAGGAUAGUGAUGUAUCUGUAAUGUGGAUCUUAACAAAUCAAACCAACCCAAAUCAACCCAAACCGAACCGAACCAAACCAAACCAAACCAAACCAAACCAAUCAAGCAAGCAAGCAAACCAAACAAUUCGAGAAGGACCACAGUGAUCACAUUUCAGUCUUCAUUUAGAGCAAGCGACAUACGUGAGCUAGGUCGACACACAGAUCAGUAUUAGCAAGAUGGCCGACGUCGGGCCCAGUGCUGCUUACAUCUUUAUUGUGCUUCUUUGCAUCUGUUCUGCGAUUGGAGAUUCCGUUGUGGUGUCCACGACAUCGGGUGAUGUUCAAGGCUACGAGUUUGAAACGUCCUCUUCCAUCGGAAGACCUGUCUUCGACCGUGUCUACGUAUUUAAAGGCAUUCCCUACGCCGCUCCACCUACAGGGGACCUCAGGUUUCGCCCUCCACAAGACCCAACACCGUGGGAAGGCAUUCGUGAUGCAUCCAGUUUUAGGGACAAAUGUGCUCAACAGCCCUCUAUUUAUCCCGUGCAGCCAGAGGCGGCACCUUUGUACGGGGAAUUUUGGGACCACGUGAAUAUCUCCGCCAGCGAGGACUGUCUGAAUCUGAACGUGUACACACAUAAUGUCUCUGUGCUUGCCAAUCAGCCGGUAAUGGUGUGGAUUCAUGGCGGAGGUCUUACCAAGGGAACCGGUAGUUCCUACCCAGGCGAGGUCCUGGCGGCUCACCACAAUGUUGUCCUCGUUACCAUCAACUACCGGCUCGGUCACUUCGGUUUUCUUCCAACUCUAGAGGAGGACGCACCUGGAAACUUUGGUUUCCACGACCAGAUUAAGGCUUUACAAUGGGUACAAGCAAACAUCCGUAAUUUUGGCGGGGAUCCAGAAAAGGUCACCAUCUUCGGAGAAUCGUCUGGAGGACAGAGCGUGUCCCUACUUGUCAUGUCUCCCAUGACAAGGGGACUUUUCCACCGAGCGAUCUCACAAAGCGGCGUGGGAUUUCAGCCUGUCAGACAAGUGGGAGAUGUGACGGCGACGGAAGCAGUUGCCAGCGCAGUCGGAUGUGCCACAACACCAUAUGGCGACAUGAUGAGCUGUCUAAGAGGAAAGCCGGCUGAGGAUAUAUUGGAGGAAGGUGGUUUCCCUAUACCUGUUGUUGACGGUCAUUUCCUGAUGGAUAAUCCUAGGGAACUGGUCAGAAAGAAGACGCUUAACAAGGUCGACUACCUUCUGGGCACAAACAAUGACGAAUAUGGCUGGAUGUUGUCAAUCAAGAACCUGUAUGUUGAUGGGAUGAGCGCUGCCGAAUUCCAAGCCAGAAUGCCUAGUGACUUGUUCUUUGUUGGCCUCAAAUAUCCCGUACGGGCCAUGUUGUUUUUUGAGGGGAACACGAGUGCACUUAUCCCUGCAGUGGUACACGAGUACCUGGACUCAGUUGACAUAGAUGACCCAUUCGCCAUCCGUGACCAGUACUUCCAGUUCAAGACUGACAUGUCAUUUUUAGCAUCAACUGCUUUGAUGGUAGAAGCUCAAUCAGCUCUCCCUGUUCGAGUGUAUCAGUAUGAGUUCCAGCAUCGAUCUUCCAUUUUCCCCUUUAAGCCAGACUCUGUGAAGGCAGAGCACCUGGACGAACUGUUCUACGUCUUCGGGAUCCCGCUUCUACGGGAAGACUCAUCGUGGAAGCUUCCGUUUACCGACCAGGAAAGAGACCUGAGCCUGGACAUCAUGGCCUAUUGGGUCAACUUUGCAAACAAUGGAGAUCCAAACGACUAUUCCGGUGCAGCCCGCGUGCGUGACUCUGCGGACUGGCCACGGUACAAGCCGUCCUCUAAGGCCUACAUGAAGCUAGACCUGACGUCAUCCUCCGACACUGAUCUUAGAGGAGACCGGAUGAAGUUUUGGAACAAGGUCGUACCAAAGCUCAUGGGGGAGGACGAAAGUACAAGUGGAGUUGUCCAGUUGUCGUGGAGCAUUUGGAGCUUUGCUAUUCCCUUGGCUUACUUUCUAUGCAACAUUUGAAGGAAAGAUAAGCUUGUUACAGAAACUGGGUACCUGUAGUUUGAGGCAAGACAGUUCAAAAAAACAAUUGCAAUGUACCUUUGAACAGUUGCCAAGCAUCACAAUAAGAACACACAAUCAUGUAAUAGAAAAAAGGAAGGAGAGGCUAGUAAGCUAGUUGUAGAAAAAAACUGAAGGUAAUUAUAAGGUCAUAGAAUAACUGAAAAUAAUCGGCUUAAAUGUGUUUCAACACAGAAUCUUUUAAACAGAGUGUUAUUCAACAACUACAAACAUUAUCAUACAUGUAGAUAACUGCUCCCAACCUUUAAAUUUAAAAAGUCUGUACCUUAAACACACUCAGCUGUACUAAGUUGCUAAACAAGGAAAGAAAUUGGUGUGGUGUUUUUCAGUCCUCUAGACUGUCCGACAUACUUUCAUUCAAGUCCCCCUGCCUGGUAGAGCCCCCCUCAACGCCCAUGCUGGGCUAACUUUGGGCACUAUCCUUUUAAACAGCUCAAUAGGCCGUACCUGGUUGCUAAACAAGAAAAGAAAUUGGUAUUUUUUGAGUCUUCCAGACUGUCUGACAUACUUUCAUCCGAGUCCGAAUGGUAUGUCAAGUAAGAGAGUUUUUGGCAACAGUGUCUUUAGGUACUGUCCUUUCAGAAAACCCAUAAGACAUGAACUACUUGCUAAACAAGAAAAGAAAUUAGUGUGAUCAUUUCUUUUUAGUCCUAUACACUAUCCGACAUACUUUCAUCCAAGUCCCCCUGGUACAGCCCUUCACCACCCAUGCUGGGGUACCUUUGGGUACUGUCCUUUUAAACAUUAGGCCAUUAGGCAGUACCCACUGGCUAAACAAGGAAAGGAAAUGGUGUGGUCUUUUUUAGUCUUCCAGACUGUUCGACAUUC